CAUGGACGGCGUCCUGAGCAAUGAUGCGAAAGUCUUGGGCGCAUGCGUACAAAAAGCCUGGAAUACCCCGGUCGGCGGCGUUUCGCUCUUUCCUGUCCUCGUUACCUCUCUACCCGUCAUCGUUCGCAUUCCUCUCGCACCAAAGCCAGUGGAUAUGCCUGGUCAUAUUAUGAAGAAUCAAGACAAAGUUGGUGUCGCUCUCAAGUUCAUCGUGGUUGGAGGUGGACUAGCAGGUCUCGCGUCUGCGUAUACAUUGAGCAGAGCCGGACAUGAAGUCGUUGUUCUCGAGAAAGGCGACGGAAAGGCGAGGAGUACGGGUGGUCUUCGAUCACCACCAAACUUGACAAGAUUACUGAAUCAGUGGGGGUUGGGGCCAACAUUGGAUCACAUUGCGCGGCAAUGUACAAGAAUCAACUUUUACUCUGGAGAGUCUGGGGAUACCAUUGGAUCGAUGGUUAUCCAUGAGGACUUCAUCAAAGACCUUGUAGCUGGCUUUCUGUUCGUGCAGCAUGGGAAACUACAAAGUCUCGUCCAUGAACUGGCGGAACAAGAGGGAGUGUCCUUCAGAUACAACACUCGGGUAUUAGGCGCCGACCCGGACUCAGCGUCUGUAGUCUUGGAAACUGGGGAGCGACUGUACGGAGACGUUAUCAUCGGCGCUGAUGGCCAUGGAAGCGUUAUUCGGUCGUCACUGGGACACGAGGUAAAUCGCUCAGAUGAGGAGAACCACCUUAUUCUGGCGUUUACUAUCCCUGUUGAUCAACUGAGAGCGGACGAGGACUUGCGGCCACUUACGAAUCCGUCAACGUGGGCAUUCUGGCUUGGAGAUGGAUACGUGGUUCAUGCGAAUGUCUUGAACCAAGGUCGUGACUAUACCGUUACGAUUGUGCACAAUUAUGCUGGACCCGUCCGCGAGUGCGACAAAGAUUGGAGGUCACAGUCCAAUAUAACUGAAUUCGGAAUUGACUUCAGCCAACUGGAUUCAAGAGCGAAGAAGCUCCUUGAUCUCGCCUCUAAUGUUUCAUCACGAGUCGUAAGGACACGAGGCCAACUGGAUAGCCUCGUCAGCGAAACGUCCAAAAUCAUUCUCGUUGGCGAAGCUGCCCAUUCGUUAGUGCCCGGCGGACACCAUUGUACGGCCCUGGCACUGGAGGACGCGCAAACACUCGGCUGCCUAUUCGGACGAAUACAGAACAGGAACCAAGUAUCAAGACUCGUGACAGCUUACGACGAGAUCCGGCUGCCGCGGUCUAACUUUGCACUGCAGUACGACGCACACCACCAGGCCAUGCUCAAGGCAAGCCCAGGUCCCAUGCGGGAACAGCGCGACGCGCUCCUGCGCCAGACUUUGAUCCAGGAUGAGGACGAGCAUAUGAACGAGGCGAUGUUCAUGAAAGUCUGGGGGAACGAGUUUGUCCUCUUCGCUCACGAUGCGACGGAGAAGGUGGAGGACUGGUGGGGCCAGUACGGCUCUCUCAUCGUACAGACCCCAAACCGACACUCGAUUGUGCCCAACGUCGAGAUUUCAGUGCUGAAGGACACAAACCAGACUCGUGCCAGGGUGAAUUG